AUGGUCUCCUUGUUAUCAGCCAUAUUUCCCCCUGUUCCAUCUUUCACGGAAAAAGAUCUACCAGUUCUUACAGGUAAAGUCUUCAUAAUAACAGGCGCAGCAUCUGGAGUAGGGUUUGAACUCUCCAAGAUGCUUUAUGUGGCAGGUGGGAGUGUAUACGUUACUGCCCGUUCAGUCCCAAGAUGCGAAGGUGCCAUCGAGAAGAUCAAGGCCCAGACAAGUGGAAGAAAAGCCAAAGGAAUCCUGAAACCCAUGGUAGUCGACCUAGCAGACCUGAACACGGUGAAGGCGGCCGUCGAGGAAUUUCUGCGACAGGAAAUCCGGCUGGACCUCCUGGUCAACAAUGCAGGGGUCAUGAAUACUCCUGUAGGAAGUAAGGGAAAGCAGGGUCAUGAUCUUGAAAUGGUCACGAAUUGCCUGGGACCGUAUCUCCUCACGAAACUCCUUGAGCCGAUUCUCAUCCGAACAGCUGCAUUAAGUUCUCCGUUCAGCGUCAGGGUUGUUUUUGUUGUGGCACUCAUGCAGUUGUUCACGCCUACAAGUGCAAUGUCGUUCGAUGGCGAUGGCAACCCCAAGAUUUUACCGGGAGAUAAUUAUAUGCAAAGUAAGCCUGGGGACAAUUACAUGCAGACUAAGGUUGGCGGGACAUGGUUGGCAGCCGAAUUUGCAAAUCGCCUCGCGAACAAAUGUAUUCUAAGUGUGUCUGUCCAUCCAGGGCUGAUGCGAACUGAACUGCAACGGAACAUGGCUGUUUCCGCUCGAGUGGGAAUGAAAUUACUCUUCAAGGGCCCUGUCUAUGGCGCCUACUCCGAACUUUUUGCCGGAUUCUCUCCAAAACUCAAGGCAGAGAACAAUGGUGGAUAUGUGUUGGCUUGGGGAAGGAUUGCGGAGGUGCCUGGAUAUGUCACCGACGGCCUCAAGAGUAAAGAAGAAGGUGGAAGUGGCGGAGCGAAGAUGUUCGUGGAUUAUUGUGAGCGAGAGACAAUAAGAUUUCAGUAA